AGGGGUCAUGAAAUGGCAGACACAGCAUACGAACGACGACGAUACGUGCACUACGAGUAGGGCGCUGGUCGACUCCGAAACCCACAGAGUGAAAGAUACGACUCGUUGGCAGAUAUUAUCACGACCAUCUACCAGCAUCACUUAUCCUUUAACGCGUGCACGGAAAGCGUCGACAGAGGCAGGUAUACCUCUGAGAAUAAACGAGUUACGGCUUAUUUAACCGAACGAAGAAACAAGCUAAUCAACUCAAAAUGUCUUCGGCAAUAGCAAAAACUUCCAAGUACACUUAUCGUAGCUCUGGAGGUGGUACAGCUGAUGUGAGCAUCGAAUACAGCGCUGAUCUUAGUGCUCUCUCUAGACUUGAGGACAAGAUUCGUCUUCUUCAAGAAGAUCUUGAAUCUGAGAGAGAAUUACGUCAAAGGAUUGAACGAGAACGUGCUGAUCUCAGCGUCCAAGUGAUUCAAUUGUCAGAACGUCUAGAAGAAGCUGAGGGUGGUGCUGAGUCACAGUUUGAGAUCAACAAGAAACGAGAUACGGAAUUGUUGAAACUACGUAAAUUACUUGAAGAUGUACAUCUUGAAAGUGAAGAGACAGCACACCAUCUUCGUAAAAAGCAUCAAGAAAUUGUCGUUGAUUUUCAGGAUCAAAUUGAUCAACUCUCAAAAGCUCGUGCCAGGGCGGAUAAAGAAAAAGCAAAAUUCCAACAAGAGGUAUAUGAACUGUUGGCCCAGCUAGACAGUGUAACAAAGGAAAAGGUUUUAUCAAUCAAAACAGUUGAGAAGCUUGAGAUUCAUGUUUCUGAACUCAAUGUCAAGAUUGAAGAACUUAAUCGUACUAUCGUUGAUAUUACUAGCCACAAGACCCGACUUUCUCAAGAGAAUAUUGAAUUAACGAAGGAAAUUCAAGAUCUGAAAGUAAACAUGGAAAGUAUCGUUUACACUAAAACUCAACUUGCAAGUCAAUUAGAAGAUGCUCGUCGUCGUCUCGAGGAUGAAGAUCGUCGCAGGUCUUUAAUCGAAUCUUCAUUACAUCAAGUUGAAAAUGAACUCGAAUCUGUACGUGUUCAACUUGAAGAGGAGUCUGAAGCUCGCUUGGAUCUCGAGCGUCAGCUGGUCAAGGCCAGUGGCGAAGUUUCUAUAUGGAGAUCCAAGUAUGAAACCGAAGCUAAUGCUCGUGUUGAGGAAGUUGAAGAGCUUCGUCGUAAAUUCACUGCUCGCAUCCAAGAGCAGGAAGAGCAGAUUGAAACUCUUCUUGUCAAGAUCAAUAAUCUUGAAAAACAAAAAUCCCGCCUUCAAUCAGAAGUGGAAGUACUCAUCAUUGAUCUUGAAAAAGCUAAUGGAACUGCUCGGGAGCUACAAAAACGUGUAGAGCACCUUGAGAAGGUUAAUAUUGAAUUAAAAUCACGAUUAGAUGAAACAAUUGCUAUGUAUGAACAAAGCCAACGUGAUCUUCGUAAUAAACAACAAGAACUUAUGAGAUGUAAUGCUGAACUGGAGAAGACUCGUGACUUGAAAGAACAGCUUGCACGUGAAAAUAAGAAACUUGGAGAUGACUUGAAUGAAGCUAAGAACCAAUUGGCUGACAUGAACCGUAGACUUCAUGAGUUAGAAUUAGAACUUCGUCGUUUGGAGAAUGAACGUGAAGAAUUAGCAGCUGCUUACAAAGAAGCUGAAGCUGGACGUAAAGUUGAAGAGCAACGAUCUCAAAGAUUAUCUGCCGAGUUGAGUCAACUUCGACAUGAGACGGAACGUCGUCUUGCUGAGAAGGAUGAAGAGAUCGAAUCUAUUCGCAAGCAGACAAGCAUCGAAAUUGAGCAACUGAACGCCCGCGUCGUAGAAGCUGAAACAAAAUUAAAGACGGAAGUUCAACGUAUCAAGAAGAAGCUACAAAUUCAAAUCACAGAGCUUGAACUCUCUUUGGACGUUGCCAAUAAGAAUAAUCUUGAUUUACAAAAGACCAUCAAAAAACAAUCGCUCACUCUGACUGAAUUACAAGCUCAUUAUGAUGAAGUUCAACGUCAACUGCAAGUUACCUUGGAUCAAUUGGGUAUUAGCCAACGCCGACUUCAAUCCUUGACUGCUGAACUCGAAGAAGUUCGUGGCAACUAUGAAUCCGCACUCCGUGCUAAGAGAAAUGUCGAGCAACAGUAUGAAGAGUCGGUUAGCCGUAUCAACGAACUCACUACGAUUAAUGUCAAUAUAGCUUCAUCUAAGGCUAAAGUUGAACAAGAAUUGGCUACACUUGCUGGUGAUUAUGAAGAAGUUACCAAGGAACUCAGAGUUAGCGAUGAAAGAUAUCAACGUGUACAAAACGAACUCAAGCAUACUGUGGAAAUUCUUCAUGAAGAACAAGAACGUAUUGUCAAGAUUGAAUCUAUCAAGAAAUCUUUGGAAAUUGAAGUUAAGAAUUUGUCUGUUCGUCUUGAAGAAGUUGAAGCCAAUGCCAUCGUUGGUGGAAAACGUAUCAUUAGCAAACUUGAAGCUCGAAUUCGUGAUUUGGAACUGGAACUUGACGAAGAGAAACGUCGACAUGCUGAAACCGUGAAAAUUUUGCGUAAGAAGGAAAGAAGUAUCAAAGAAGUAAUGAUCCAGGUUGAAGAAGACUCGAAAAAUAUUGCUUUAUUGCAAGAGUCUCUUGACAAAGCUACUCAGAAGGUCAAUAUUUAUAAAAGACAGCUUCAAGAACAAGAGGGCAUGUCUCAACAAAGUGUGACCCGAGUUCGACGAUUCCAAAGAGAACUUGAAGCUGCUGAAGAUCGUGCUGACACUGCUGAAAGUAAUCUUACAUUGAUCCGUGCAAAACACCGUAGCUUUGUCACCACUUCUACAGUCCCCGGAUCCCAAGUUUACUUAGUACAGGAAACGAGGCAGGAUAUCUAAACUAACUUUUCAUCAACAACCUAGUUUCCACAAUAAAAGCGUCCAUUUAUCAACAUCACUUUAAUUAAAAUAUUUUUUUUUUUUCGUUCUCGAAACCCGCGUUAUAUACUUAAAUAAUUUAUUAAGAUAUUGAUAAUUAUUUCAUUAUUACCUA